AUGUUGAGAGAUUUCUCGUUAGAUACGCAAAAUCUUGAUUUAGAUUACCUCUACACCGAGCUGGAGGUUCUUAAAGACUCUCUUGAAGUGCCUUACAUAGACAAAAGGGCACGAGAAAAUGGUCUUAACGAGGACUUGUUUGAAGAGGUAAAGAUAGCCUUCAAUGAGAUCUCAAAGAAAGAAAAGGGAAUGAAGCAAUUAAUACAAAUAAUGGAAUUCACACUACAAAAAUACUCUGAUCUUUCUGAUAAACACCAAGAUACCCAGGACAAGUUAGUCAGAGUGGAAAGUGAGCUAGCAGACUACAAGGAGAACGUAGUAGUUAAUAUGAGUAACCAAUUGCAAAGAAAUGAAAACAAUUUGGAAGACCUGGAGGAAGAACUAAUCAAUGCUGAGCGAGAGAUCAGAGAGUUGAAAGAACAAAUUAGUAGUAAAUAUACAAGAAAUGGAGAAGAGAAUGGCCUCGAACAAGCCCUCCAGACGACCAAAAGUAACAAUCAGAAGAUCCAGAAUAAGCUUCAAUCGUUAAAGGAAGAAAUUAUUGUUCUGAGUAAAGAAAACAAAAAGCUUAAGAGAGAUCUCCAAAAUGCUUAUGACAAUAAUGAAACAAUCGCGAGGGAUGUCCAAGAGCUUAAUAAGAUGAAAGCAGCGUUUGAAGUGGAGUUCACUAAUGUGGUCGACUCAAAAGAAAAUGAAAUCAAGCAACUGAACAAAAAGAUCGAGCAUCUUCAGGAAGAGCGGAAGAGAUCAGACAAAAAGAACAAAGAGCUAGAAGGGAAGUUAUCAAAAUUUAAAAACAGGACUGUCCAAUCUAGCUCUGAAGCUAAUCCUGAAGUUCAAGGAGAAUCAAUAGAAAACACUUCUUCUAAUAAAGGAGAUGCUAUUAAAGUUGAGGAAAAUGGAUCUGAAAACUCGAUAGAGGAGAUGUUUGAUGGAGUUAUCAGGGAAGAACCCAAUUAUAAAAGAAGCAAUACAUACGAGAGCUUAGGGGAAGUCAUGGGCAAUAGGAAUAGCUAUUAUGGAAGAGAUACCAUGAACAUUCUCAAUGAGGCAGAAGAGGAGGAGCUAGUAUCAGAAGAAGGCAUUGAGAGUCAUGUAGAUGUCGGAACACAAACGACCGAAGAAAACACAGAUUUAGACACACCUUUAAGAGUAAUUGAAGAAGAGAAAUUUCAUCCAUCCUAUCAAGAUAAUGAUUACGAGCUUGAUAGUAACUAUAGCUGAAAUGAUAGCACGCUAAGUAUAUCGAGAAUCUGAAGCUCAAAGAAAGAUGCUCUAGAAGAUUUCUUUAAAAUGCUAGUCUUGGCAAUGAAAGUUGGUCAUCAAGAUCUCGACAAUGUUUGCCAUAUAAAAGCAAAAGUCCUUUAUAAAAGAUGCAAGGAUGCUAAUAUACCAUUCUCAGAAUGGCACAAUUGGAUUGAGAAUCAGCUGAAUAACCUAUAUCUGAAGAAAAUAUACGAGAAUUCAUCAAACAACUCCAAGAGUCUUUCAAGAAGCCAAUCAAGAGAGUUUGGAGGAUUCGAUUCGUCAACAGUACCUUCCUCUACUCAAUCUGAAAGAGAUGAACUCCUCAGAUAUUUCUCAAUGAACAAAAUGAAAAAAAACCGAACAAGAAAUGAAUAAUAUUUUAAUAUCAAAUUUCUUUA